UUUCUAAGAGCUCUCUCUUCCUCUCCAAAACUUUCUUCUCUCGCCAGAAAGGAACUGAUUGCUCUACCUUCGUCCCCCUGGUGGUACGCACUUUCCCAAUUCCUCCUACAGAUUUUUCUUUCUUUCUCAAUAUCGGGAACGAAACGGAAUUAAGAGUAGGAAAUUUGAUUUUAAUUUUUUCUUGCCACAGUUAGGUUUCUGAUUUAGGUACGAGACUUAGGGUUUUGGAAUUCUUUGAAUCACAGCUCAAUUUGCUCUGUUAGGUUUGCUUAAUCAACAAUGGCGGCUUCCACGAAAUCGCUUAAAGAGUAUUUGAAACGAUACGAAUCUAGUAAUAACGAGGACGAGACGAAGAAGAAGAGGAAGAAGAAGCAGAAGAGCAAGGCGGAGGCAAUGGGGGUUAAAGUGGUAGAUGAAGACCCUGUGUGGCAGAAACCGGUGAAAGCUGAGAGAGAAGAUGAUAACAAUUCAGCUGACGAAGAGGAGAAGCCUUUAGUUGAUGAAGACAUUGAGGUGAAGAGGAUGAAGAGACUUGAGUUAUUAAGGGCUCGGCGUCCCUAUGAUGCUAUAUCUGAAGAUGGCAGUGGUUGGGUUAAGGUCCCUCUGAAACGAGAAGGCUCCGAAGAGGCUGACUUGUCACCUCCGCGGAAGCGCUUUCAUUCUCCCUCACCUGAGCCUGGAAUGACUUCGAGGAAAAGUAGGAGGGGUGGUGAUGAAGAUCUUUCUCCACCGAGGAAGAGUAGGAACAAUGUUGAAGAUCUUUCUCCACCGAGGAAGAGUAGGAACAAUGUUGAAGAUCUUUCUCCACCGAGGAAGAGGAGGAACAAUGUUGCGGAUCUUUCACCACCGAGGAAGAGUAGGAACAAUGGUGAUGGAGAUCUUUCUCCACCAAGGAAGAGUCGGAACAUUGUUGCAGAUCUUUCAAUACCAAGGAAGAGAAGGAACAAUGGUGAUGCAGAUCUUUCUCCACCAAGGAAAAGUAGGAGGGGUAUUGAUGAAGAUCUAUCUCCACCAAGGAAAAAGAAGCAAGUAUCUCCGGGUCCUUUGAAAGAGAAGCCAAAAAGUGGUUUGAUAUCUGGCCGAGAUAUCAGCGAAGAGAUUUCUAAAACAAAGAGAGCUGAGCAGUCGAGAUUUGAACAGAUGGAUCCUUCUGAAACUGGGCAACAAGCAGCAGUUGUAUUUCGUAAUAAGAAAACAGGAGAACGCAUGUCGGAGGAGGAGCGAUUGAAAUCAGAAAAGAAACUUGAUGAAAAGCCUAAGGAGAUAAAGUUGGAAUGGGGUAAGGGCUUGGCUCAAAAGCGGGAAGCUGAAGCUAAGCUAGAGGAAAUAGAACGUGAGAAGGAAAAACCAUUUGCACGGACUAGAGAUGAUCCAGAACUUGACAAAAUGAUGAAGGAGAGAGUAAGAUGGGGUGACCCAAUGGCACAUUUGGUAAAGAAAAAGUAUCCUGAAGCAGUUCUCCCUAACCUAGGGGAUAGCGAGCAAAUGAAGGAAUCUGGAUUUAUUAUCCCUCAGGAUAUUCCUAAUCAUAGCUGGUUAAAAAGAGGAUUAGAUGCUGCACCAAAUCGAUAUGGUAUAAAACCAGGGAGACAUUGGGAUGGAGUUGAUCGCAGUAACGGAUUUGAGAAAGGAUUGUUCAAACGGACUAACGAGAAACAAGCUACUCAGACGGAGGCUUAUCUUUGGUCUGUCGCAGAUAUGUGACCUGCAGCGAAUAUGCACUUGUAUCUCUAUGGACAAGGCACGAAGAAUUUGCUGGACCUUCUCGUACUAAUUGAUGACUGUAAUGCUUGUUUGAGCUUCUUAUUGUCUCCGUUAGUCCGUUCGCUCUUUAUAUCGAUGGCUUCUUAUUGAUGACUGUAAUAUUUGUCUAAUCAAAAAUGGGUUUCUCACACUUGUACA